AAAAAAAUCAAAUUGAAAAAACAAGGGAAAUCUUCGAAGAGGAGCGAAACUGAAAUGUUCUGCAAACGCUCUUAUUUCUUGGACCGUAAAUUUUGUUAGAGGGGGAAGUGGAUCUUAAAACCCUAGGGUUUCAAUUCCUGGCCAUUGUUCCUAAUUUUUAAUCCAAUUCUGGUUCUGAAUGGAAACCGAAGAAGAUGAUUCUUCGAAACACGAACAAAAAUCUCCUCUGUAUGUCGAAGAUGGAAUCUUGGAUGUUAAGUGUGACGUUCAUCGGGAGCUUCAGAGCAAUGAAGAACAUGAAGAACAGCAUUGUGUGUUUAAGUCCUCCAUUGUCGAAACGGAGUUUCCAGUUAAUACGAGCGUUGAAUCUUCACCGGCCGGAGAUGCAAUUAUCGGGGAUGAGAGUCUUGCGGCGGAUACUUGUUUAGAGAUGAAGAAGGAUGUGGCGGAGGAGAUGGAGAGAGCAGAGGAGAAGGAUUUUCGUAACGUUAUUGAGGAUGUGGCGGAAGAUUCUAUGAAGUUGGAGAUGGCGUUAUUGGAGCAAAGGGAUUUCGAUGAUAUGAAAGAGAAUACAGGGGAGGAGGAGGAGGAGGAGGAGGAGGAGGAGGAGAAGGCUGUGACUGAAUUUGUGGAUGGCGAGAUGUUAAAUGAAACGGUUUUGGUUGGUGUAGCUGAAAAUCAGGUUGAGGGCGAGGUUUCGAUGGCGAAUUUUCCAGAGGACACGGUCGGAGAAGGCGCGGGUGCAGUUGGCUGUGCUGAGACAACCGGGAAGACAAGCCUGAGUGAUGUUUUGGCUGAGGAAACGCUUGUAGAUGGAGCUGAUGCUACCAAUUUGGUGCAUAAGACAGUGGAGGAAGAGAAUGCUGAUGACUCCGACGAAUCGAAGGAUACAGAGGUUCCUAAGCAAAAAAAUUUUGCUUUGGAGGAAAGGGAAUUAGGCGUCCCGGUUCGGCUGGAAGAAAACUCUGAGUUAAAAGAUAGUUUGGCAGAUGAGGCUGUGGUGGAGGAGGGACGGGCAACGAAUUUAGCGGAUAGAACUGGUGAAAUGUGCAAGAUGGAGAAUGUCUCGAGCACGGCGGAUGAGGUGGGGCUGCCACAUUUAGCUGGGAAGAUGGAUGAGGCGAUAAAUGUAGAAAAUGCUGAAGACAAGACUGCUGAGAUGGAUGGAAUAUGUAUGGGAAACAAGGCUACCGAUGUGGCGAUGAUGGAGAAUUCGGCACAUGAAACCCCAGAGAUCAAGGCAGUAGACAUAGCAGACUAUGGUAUCGAGGCGUUGAAGAUGGAGAACGUGGAAGAUAAGGAAGUGGGGGUUCAGGGAUUGGGUUCGGCCAAUGAGAGCGUCGAGGUUGGAAAGAUUGAGAAUAUGGGGGGCGAGACUGCAGAGGCCAAGGGAGUGCAAGUGACAGACUACACCCCGGAAAUGGUAAAAUCGGAGAACGUGGAAGAAAACAAGACUGCACAAGUUGAGGAAAUAGCUAUGGCCGAAGAGACUGCGGAGGCCGACGACGACAUGGUUUAUUUGGUGGACGAAGGGAUUGGGUCGGAGGAGACUGAUGCAAACAUGACAUACUUGGUGGAGGAGACAGAAGCAGGAGAGGAGGCUGAGGAGAUGGAUAUCACGGAGGAGGUCGAUGAGGCAAAUAAAGGUAGCAGUGGUGCGAAAAGGAAGCGUGGAAAGAAUGCUAAAGCUCCAGCUAGAGCGCCUUCUAGGAAGAAGGUGGAAGAGGACGUUUGCUUUAUUUGUUUUGAUGGGGGCGACCUUGUACUCUGCGAUCGCAGAGGUUGUCCCAAGGCAUACCACCCUUCCUGUAUUAAUCGCGACGAGGCAUUCUUCCGAGCCAAGGGUCGAUGGAACUGUGGUUGGCAUCUUUGUAGCAACUGUGAGAAGACUGCCCACUACAUGUGUUACACAUGUACAUUUUCCUUGUGCAAGAGCUGCACAAAAAAUGCUGUUAUUUUAUGUGUUAGAGGGAACAAAGGCUUCUGCGAGGCGUGCAUGAGAUUUGUGAUGUUGAUCGAAAAGAAGGAGCAGGGGAAUAGCGAAAAGGGCCAAAUUGAUUUUAAUGACAAAAAUAGCUGGGAAUAUCUUUUCAAGGAGUACUGGACAGAGAUGAAGGGAAAACUUUCUCUAACUUUUGACGAACUUGUUCACGCAAAAAACCCGUGGAAAGGAUCUGAGACGCUAACUAACAGACCCGAUUCACCUAGUGAGCUAUGUGAUGUUGAUGGAGGAUCAGAUUUGGAUGUUUCUGAAAAUGAAGAAUCUGGUAGCUCUAAGAGAAAAAAAGCUAAGAAAAAGUCAAAAUCUCAUGCAAAGGAAAUGAGUUCGCCUAGUAUGCCAAUUAUACCUGAUUCUCAAGGGCUAUCCACGGAUACCGAAGUCGAGUGGGCAUCUAAAGAGCUCUUGGAGUUCGUAAUACACAUGAAAAAUGGCGAUAAAACCGUUUUAUCUCAGUUUGAUGUUCAGGCUCUCUUAUUAGAAUACAUUAAAAGAAAUAAGCUUCGUGAUCCUCGACGGAAAAGUCAGAUCAUAUGUGAUUCAAGACUCGAGAAUUUGUUUGGAAAGCCACGCGUGGGACAUUUUGAAAUGUUGAAGCUCCUAGAGUCACACUUCCUCAUCAAAGAAGAUGCCCAGAUAAAUGACUUCCAAGCGAGUGUCGCCGAUACCGAAUCUAGUCAGUUGGAGGCUGAUGGGAACACUGAUGCGUCGGGGAAGACUAAGAAAGAGAAGAAACGCAGGUAUCGGAAAAAAGGUGACGAGAGAGGAAUGCAGAGUAACCUUGAUGACUAUGCAGCCAUUGAUACUCACAACAUUAACUUGAUUUACUUGAGACGUAAUUUGGUAGAAUAUCUGAUUGAAGAUGAGGAGAGUUUUCACGACAAGGUUGUUGGUUCUUUUGUGAGGAUACGAAUAUCGGGCAAUGCACAAAAACAAGAUUUAUAUCGGCUGGUUCAAGUUGUAGGUACAAGCAAAGCAUCCGAAACUUAUAAAGUCGGUAAAAAGAUGACGUAUAUCAUGCUGGAGAUCUUGAAUUUGAAUAAAACAGAAGUGAUUUCAAUCGAUAUUAUCUCGAAUCAAGAGUUCACAGAGGAGGAGUGCAAGCGGCUCAGGCAGAGCAUCAAGUGUGGAAUCCUUAACCGUUUGACUGUGGGUGACCUCCAUGAGAGAGCAAUGUCACUUCAAGAUGCUAGAGUAAAGGAUUGGAUGGAAACCGAGAUAGUUCGACUAAGUCAUCUUCGUGAUCGAGCAAGCGAAAAAGGGCGUCGAAAAGAGCUUAGGGAAUGUGUCGAGAAACUACAGCUUUUGAAGACGCCGGAGGAGCGGCAGCGCAGACGAGAGGAAAUACCAGAAAUACAUGCAGACCCUAAUAUGGAUCCAAGCCAUGAAUCUGAAGAUGAAGAUGAAGCAGAUGAUAAGAGACAAGAAACCUAUACGUCGUCGAGAGGCACGAGCUUUGGCAGGAGGACGAGGGAGCCGGUUUCUCCUGGAAAAGGAGUUUCAAAUUUGAACGAUUCCUGGAGCGCGACCAGAAACUUUUCGAACACGACUCGGGACUUGACCAGGAACUCGUCUGGGAAAGGCUUCUCGAUCCAAGGCGAAGAUGCCAUUGGUUCUGGUGAAAUCAUAAAUGAAAAUUCUUGGAGUCAAGGAAGAGAUAGAGAUGUUAAACAAACAAACAAGUGGGGCAAGCAACAAGUUUCACCCAGUUCGGAUAUCACUGCUAGGAAUAUCUCGUCCGGGGCAGCAGCAGCCGAGUUGUCUUCUGCAUCUCACACGGUAAAUCCAGCAGCAUCUCCAUUGGUUGGGACUACACAGAAUGCUGCUGCCAUUGUUAAUGAAACCGAGAAGGUAUGGCGUUAUCAGGAUCCGUCUGGGAAAGUUCAGGGACCGUUUUCGAUGGUGCAGCUACGUAAAUGGAGCAACACAGGCUAUUUUCCUGCGGACUUGAAAGUAUGGAGAGCCUCAGACAAGCAAGACGAUUCCCUGCUUUUGACCGAUGUCUUGGCCGGGAAGAUCCCGAAGGACACUCCAUUGACGAAUAACAGCUUCCAAGCAAACACGCCUGCUUCUUCAUUUGUCGGGAAGCCUCAGGGAGCUGUUUUGCAGUCAGGUAUGGAUGGUCAGAAUACUAAUCCGACUUCUUAUGGCCAAUCGUCUGGAGGAAGAUGGAAAUCUGAAAAUGAAGUUAGCCCUACGGGUAGACCUGCCUCGGCUCCGGUAGAAGUCCCCAGGUACUCGGGAGACCGAUGGUCUUCUGACCACGGUAUUAAGAACUUCACAAGGCUUCCUUCUCCUACUCCCAGCUCAGGAGGAACAAAGGAGGAGCAGCAGCCAUUUCAAGUGGCUGCAUCGUUCUUGCACAAUUCUUCACUUAUGCAACGCUCUGAAAACGACUCGUUACGCUCGAAUUCUGGCCUGAAUUCAACCGAAAAGGGCACGGGUUUAGGUCCUAUGAAUGUGCUUCAAAAUCAUCAUUCUCAGCCAGUAAGACAAUCACCUAUCAUGGGUGAUGCUUCGGUCUAUCCAGCUGCAGAUAUCAAAAGCAUUAGCGCAAAUCUUCACUGUUUAGUACAAUCCAUCAACAAUCGUAACACUCGUAUGGAAGCUCAAGGACAUGGGUCUAGCGCUGUUCAGAAUGCACAAUCUCUCAAACUUGAAUCAAACCUUUCUUCUACCAUGCCACCAGCACAAACUCUUCCGAGUCGUUGGGGGGAGAUGCCCCCUGCUACGUCGUUCAGUGCAGGAAGUUCAACCACGAGUUUCUCCAUGCCCGGUUUGACGAGUUUUCCAUCCUCGGACCCUUGGCGAUCUACGCCUCCUAUUCCCAGUAACCCGCCGCACAUUCAGUCUUCAACUCCAGCCAAUCUACCUCGUGGAAUGGGUGCUCCAGACGGCCAAAGUACCGUUCCACGACUGGGCUCGGAGACUCCGAACCCAGGCUGGGGAUCAAUGCCAAACAUGGGUCGAGGUUCAAUUGCAGCACCUCCAAAUGCUACUGCUGGUAUGAUGUGGGGAACUGCUCCUCCUCCUACAGGUACAAACCCAGGUUGGAUUGCUCCAGGUCAAGGACCACCAACCGGAAACAACCUCCAAGGAUGGUCCGCGCAUGGCCCGAUUCCACCUCCAGUAAACGCAACUCCGGGAUGGGUUCCCCCCAGCCAUGGACCAAUGCCACCCAUGAACAUGAAUCCCAGUUGGCCCGUCCCGUACUCGAAUCAGAACAUGUGGGGUAACGAGCACGGUAGAAAUGGGGAUAGAUUUUCGAAUCAAAAGGACGGCGGCUCUCACGGCGGAGAUCCGGGGAACGGAAGUAAAUCAUGGGGGAUGCAACCAUCUUAUGGUGGUGGUGGUGGUGGUGGGAGUUCUUGGUCUCCUUAUAAUAAAGCACAAAAACUGUGCAAAUACCAUGAAAGUGGACACUGCAAGAAAGGAGGUGCUUGUGAUUACAGGCACAACUAGGAAGGCAAUUAGUUAAUAUUUGAGUGACAGUCAUUAGAGAUCUCAACUAGUUUUGUAUAGUCCUCUUAUUAAUGUUAUACAUGUGAUGCGUUUGCUGUUA